UCUUUAAGAAUUUCUUCGGAAAAAUAUUUUAAAUUCGAUUUUAAAAAAGCGGUCUACCGGGUUAAUUUAAAGCGAAUAACAACAAUACAGUGUAUCGUGGGCAAAAAAAAAAAAAGACUCAAAACAACAAAACUUGCGCAUCAAGUGUUUUGGUGUCAAUCGUUCGUUCUGGUUUUUUGUUUUUUUCUUUCUUGCUUCUGGUGCAUACCCCAGUAUUUCCGUUGUCGUGUCACCUGCUGAGAAAAUUCCGAUACAAUUUGUUGUUGUGUUGUGCUUCUAUUUUAAAGCCUGCGAGUGUGUUUACGAGAUAGUUGUUUCACGUUGAGGAGUUUUUUUCAUUAAGCGAAAGGCACAAAGUAAAAUUAUUCAAAAUUUCUGCGACAAAUUUAAAUGAACCGAGUCCGAUGGGACUGCGGGUGGUUGGUAUAGUGCCGUGUACGUGCCAGUGUUGGCAUGGGCCUAAAGCACCUAAGUUGUCGACGGUCGGCUCAAAUGCGCGUGCCAAUGCAGUACCGUAUGUUAUUAAUACAAACACUGUGUCGCCAUCAUGUGCAGAAUGCAAACGCAAAUUGGAUCAAGAGCAACAACAAAUACAGUUUCAACAACAUCACCUUAACUGCGCUUUUAACACACAACAAUCGCAACAACAUCAGCAUUUGCCACACUGCCUUUCCAUGCAGUGUUCAUCUCUGUUGAAUCCAUCAAAUGCAACAACAAAUAAUCAAUUAUACAACGUACCCCCACCAUCCCUGAUUCCUUCUAUAUUGCCUGCAGUUUUACAAACGGGACAAAAUGCAAAUGUUUCGACGAAAUUCUUGUUAACUUCAACGAAUACCGCUCCCAGCAAUGCUGUCCUAACGACUGUACCAUUGGGUAUGCCCAGCUUCAUGGCUCCAACUCUGACCAACACCAACGGAUCGUUAACAUUAUUGCCAUCAAAUCAAAUACCGCCUGGCAGUCAAUCUUAUUUACCAAAUGCAACCGGCCCAACUGGGCAAAACAAAAAUUCUGCAACGCAUGAUAAUUUAACCUCGAAAUUUAAAGAAAAUUUAUUAACGAAAAAGGUUCCAACUCUACGAAGUACGGCGGCAGCUGCUUUAACAGCUCAGAAAAAGAGAGGUAAUACGGCAAGCACCAGAGCAAGCAGUGAUAGCUGCGAUGAAGAACCGACUUUAAUAGAAGACUCCGACGAUGAUGAAGCGGACGAUAAAAGCGAAAAUGGAAUAAGAAUUCUUGGAUAAAAUAAAAAUUAAAUUUUAUCAUUAAAUUCCAAACAAAGUUAAGUGCGCGGUUUCAGUUUCAAUUUAAAUUUGAAAAAAAAAAAGAAAAUAAUAAUAAUAAUAAAAUAGUCCAAAAAACACAAAAAACUACCCAACUUCCAAGCAAACAUCAACUAAAACCCGAAAAGCAAAUAAAAAAGCAAGCGCAGAGACACAACUGUAGAAAAAGUUGUAUAAAUAUUUUGAUAAAUACGAACUAGAAUAUGAAUUGAAAAUAAAUAUGUAAAUUGUCCCUUGAAA